CCGCGGCCGCUCCCGCGGGCAGAGGAGCCGGAGAGGGCGAGGCGACGGCAGCCGAGAUGGCAGGGAAAGAGUUGGAGUUGUGCCAGCGGCAGGCGGAAGAGGUGACGGAAAUCAUGCUGAACAACUUCGACAAGGUUCUGGAGCGUGAUGGAAAACUCUCAGAGCUGGAGCAGCGUUCAGACCAACUCCUGGACAUGAGCUCAGUCUUCAGCAAGACAACCAAGACCCUGGCCCAGAAGAAGCGUGGGGAGAACAUCCGUUGCCGGAUCUACUUGGGACUGGUGAUGGGCGGUUGCCUGCUCGUCAUCCUGAUUGUGCUACUGGUCAUCUUUGUCCCACAGAGCAAGGACUCCAGUCCCCCAUUGGCCCAGGAUGCAGGUGCUGAGUCAGGGCCUUGAGACUGAAAAAGCUGGGCCUAGAGAAGAGGCUAAAUGGCUGCACUGGCCAGCUCUGGUCUCCAGAGAACGCUGGUGUUUGUGCCCAUCUGAGCUACCCCAGUGAGGGCCAGAGGGCAACCUUGACACAUGCACCUUUGCAUGUUCCAUCACACCAUAGACUUGCCCUUGAGGGCAGCCCACUGUACUGCACUGGCCAUGCCAGGCCAGCCCCACCUGGAGCUCAGUAAACGCUGCUGUUUGGUUAAAAGCUGCUGUAUGGUUAAAGGCUGGUGUUUGUGUGUGUGUGUAUGUGUGUGAGAGAGAAAGAGAGAGAGAGAGAGGAGAGAUCUACAGGUUGGUUCAUCCUGCUCUCUUCUCCCCCUGGGGUUGCUUAGUAAGCCAUCACCUGAACAACUCUAUCCCUGGCUGGUUGGGGGGUGGGGGUGGCGCUUCUGUGUCUUUCCCUAGCCUAUCCAACUCUAUACGAACAGAUCUUUCUGGAGUACAGGUGUAAAGACACAACCAACCCUAAACCAGGCCCUGAGUCUGUUUCCCUGAGGAUGGAGUCUGUUAUUUUUCUGAUGUCUUGGGGGCGCUCAGAGGACCAAUGGGAUGACAAAGAGAAAAACACUUCAAAGAUUUUUAUAUCUGGAGGCUCUCACCUUCAGAUAGACUUUUCUCCCUCUGAACACCUCUUCUUCCCCAAUUUCUUCGCCCAUAUUUUCCCUCAAGCAUUAUUCCAGAUUGCAGAUGAGGCAGAUGGCAGUGAAUGAGAAAUGCUUCUGUGGUUCUGUAACACAGAGUUAAAGUGAUGCGUGGAGUUUUCCCUGUAGGAAAUAAUUCAGGCCUUUCAGAGCUCCAGGGCCACACAGGGACCGAAAGACAGUGCCUUUUGGGCCACAGCAAAGCUCACUGGGUAAUUAACGUCAGGAAAGAAGGCAAGAAGGCCCAACCAAGACUGGAAGCAGGGCGGCCUCUGCCUGGGCUACUAAACAGCAUCUCAAACUCAAGUGUGGGUAGGAAGAGGGAUUCAAGAUCAGGUGUAUAACAGAAGCAGUUCCUUGUUAGGUUGAGUGAGGGCUACUGACAGGAAACAAGAACAAACACACUGAUUGUGUGGUGCUUUCCCCCUCACCGAGCUUGUUCUUCCACUGUGUCCAUUACUGGCUUCCUUUUCUGGGAAAGAGCUAGGGGAAGCACCUGCUCUUAGAGGUCAUGUGACCUCCAGGACUCACGUUUUACAUAUGUAACGAUAGGACCAUUGUGGGGACUAUUUAUAAUGCAAUCGUUCUAAAUGCCCAAUCAUCCAAAUCAUUUAGUAUCUCACAUUAGACUCACCUGUAGAACUUAAAAAAAUACCACGUCCAGGCUUAGAUUAGAAUCCUUAAGGGUAUGACUCUGGUUUCUGUUUUUCUUAAAGUUGCAACCCCUCUGGGUAGAUAGGUGUACAAACGACUUAUUUCAGUCAAGCCACUAGUUGUCCAUAAUCUAGGGAGAGGUGGAGCAACAGUCCGAAGGUCACAAAGUUGCAGGUAAUGCUCCAGAUUUACUGACGGGGAUCUUUCCAUUCUCGGUUGGAGAGGUUUACCCCACCCUUUAUUAUUGCGCCUAACACAGAAGAGCAGGAACUUUUUGUUUAUUGAUUGAUUUAUUUUUUUGAGGGCCAGGGAAUCAAGCGCAAACUCCGGGACCAACGAGAGCGCAGCGGGUGCAGAAUUGCCCGGCAGGGGCCAGAGCAGAGAGCGGCAAGAGCCCUGACUCCAGGCUCUUCCUCUAGACUCAGAGGCUCUGGGCCAGAGCAUCCUUCUAAGAUGCUUCUAGCAUUUGAACUCCCGAGGCCCUCUGGGCCUCCGAGCAAGCUGAGAUCCCUAUCACCCUAUCAGGCUUCUCAGGGCUUUAACGAGAUCCACAAGUCACGGCUCCCAGGCGGACGCCCGAACGAGUAUUUCCUGACCACCUCGGCCUCUGCCAUUGGCGGUGGCCCGCGGUCACCUGACUCUCUCGAGCCUACGAGGCGGGCGGGACGAGCACUUCCGCUCUCGGGGCCAAACG